GUGCGCAUUACCUAUCUAGGUAUACUCCUCCUCUGUUGUUUUACGGUUCUACUAGACAGCGCGAGCGCAUCGCCGCACCGUCUUUGGUCGCUUAGCCCUUUAUUCGCUUGGUGGAAGAGAGGAACGCUAUGGUAUGGAGAUAAUGAUGCCAGUCAAGCGGUCACCAUGAAAUAUUGCCGUAAUGUCUUCGGCUAGACCAACCCUCCCAUGGUUGGGGCGCCAGAUGUUGCGAACCCUCUACGAAUCUAUCGACCUGUCCUCGAGAAUCUCACCGAAACGAUACCCUAUAAACCCCCCUCCCCUCAAUCAACCUGCUUCUCUAUUCAUGUCGCCUGGCCCUCGUUUUCCCAGAGCCCCGUGGUCACCAUUUCUUCGAAUAUCUAGACAAUACACCAGCAAUGCUCGUCGUAAAUACACAUCGGGUGGACUGUUACUCGUCAGUCUGGCCCCGAACCCCUCAACAGCCAGUACAGUCGCGGCGACAUGCUCGGCCGCUGCCGAUUCUACUAUAACCGGGAACACGUCCUCCAUCUUAAACGCUGCCAAGUUCGCGGGGCAGGCAUGGCCUCGAACAAUACAUACCGGCCGUGGCCGCGGCCGGACCACGAGGGUAUAUCGAAGAGCCAAGUCGUCCAACUCGUAUAAUGAAAAAGCACCUGCGACUGGAGCUCAGCAGAAGAAGAAGUCUGCUUCCGAACCACAGCCAGAACCAGUAAAACAACCCGCUGGAGAAUCAUCCGUGUCAAAAUAUUUUCAUUUACCUCAUUUACCCUCAAUGCCGCAUUUGCCUCACAGACCUACCAAAGAAGAGUUCCUGGCGGCAGCCAACGGCUUUUGGGAACGUCUGAAAGUACGGUUUAAAUGGGCCUCGAUACGAAGCAUGAGACCCUGGAAUAUCGAUGAAUGGGGUGCUUUCGUCUCUUGGUUUCUUUUCGGCCAUCUUGUUUGGAUUCUAGUUGGAACGACAACAUUCUUCUCGCUUAUCAUUUUCUCCAUCAACACAGUUGUCGCUCAAGAAACCCUUGCCCGAUGGGUUGGCGAUUACCUGACCGAGUCCGCUGGAUUGACGGUUAUCUUCGAGUCGGCGAUUGUUCCAAGAUGGAAGGACGGUGUUAUCAGUUUCCGUAAUGUUUUCGUUUCUAGAAGGCCUGGACAAAUCAAAUCGUCUGUGAGCAAAGGAUCAUCAUCCAAUGCUGCCGCAGUAGCAGCUGCGGAACGAGAAGACGCUCCUGUUGUUGAAGAAGACGAUGGGAACUACACACAGUUUGAUGUUACGCUCAACACUGUCAACGUGACUUUAUCAUUCGUCAAGUGGUGGAACGGUAAAGGCCUAUUAAAAGAUGUUGAGAUCAAGGGCGUUCGUGGUGUUAUAGACAGAACAUCUGUGGAAUGGUCGGGUGAAAAUGUGGAUCCUUUAUCCUAUCGCCAUGAGCAUCAGCCUGGAGACUUCGAGAUUGAUUCUUUCAAGAUGGAAGACCUCCUGGUUACAAUCCACCAACCGAAAGGCUUCAGGCCCUUCUCCGUCAGCAUAUUCUCAUGCGAACUACCUCAGCUCCGUAAACAAUUUAUGUUUUACGAUUUCUUGUCCGCAAAUCAUAUGUCGGGCUCAUAUGAUGGAUCCCUCUUCACGAUACAUCCUCGGCAGAUUCAUGGCGUUCUUCCUGGGCAGGACCGCUCAGCCGACCCCCUAGGAGAGCCUGAUGCCUGGAAGAAGCAUAGCCGUCUGCGGAUCGAUGGCCUUAAAAUCGACCAUCUCAAUCGUGGGGUGGAAGGGCCUUUUGGCUGGAUUUACGAAGGCAACGUCGAUAUCGUAGCCGAUGUCCGAUUUCCACAUGAUAGUGAUGAUAGCAUCACGAAGGUGAUGUCUGACUUCUACGACCGUCUCGAAGAAGCGGUAACGUCAAAUAGAUACCUACGUAUUCUUGAUAGGCCAAUCCGUCAACAAGAGACAGUUAUCAUCAACGAGCCCAGCACCUUUGAGGGCACCAAUACAUCGAAUACGAAUGCGGUCCACCUGGUUAACGAUCACCCAGAGAUAUACCACGACGACGACCUGGUAUCAGUUCCCACCCCGCCACGGCCCGGCGAGGAACCGCCUCGGUACCUGGUAAUGGACUUGCGAAUUCACCUUAAUGAUGUCAAGGCGACAGUGCCCGUUUUCACAUCCAAUUUAUCAUACGUAAACCAAGCACUAGUCCGACCCAUCGUAGCCUACAUCAACGCAAAACGUACCUACAUUCCAAUCGGGUGCCGCAUCGUCAAGCGAGCGUCAGAUUUCGACGGGUCAUGGAGCAUCUUCGACUGUGGUUUAAUGGACGAUGCUUCAGCCGAAGUCUACACCGCCUUCGCCCGUGAUGUCGAAGACCAGCAGAGCCGUGUCCGCCGGCUCAAGAAAGUCGGCUUCUGGACACUCAGUCUGGCCAUACACGCUCUAUUCGUGGGCAUGGCCGGCAACGUCAUAUAAAGACUUAUUACCUACUCUGGAACUUCCGUUUUGGCUUUCAAAACUCUUGAGUUUCGUUUAGGUUCUCCUCCCUAUAUUUAACGCAUGAUAUGAUACCCCCCCUCCCCUCCACCUCCACUGUAUAUAGAACAGCGCUCGAAAACCGCGCAUAUAUAACAAACAAAGAAAAGAAAAAGGAGGCGUUUGUUGGUUAGUUGGUUGGUUGGCUCUGUUUUUCUAGCGGGUUAUACAUACGGGAGGCAUAAAUUUCAUGAACAUGAGAAAAAGCAAGCAAGCAAAGC